UCUGUACCCUCCCUCUGUUCUUUAACACUGCUUAGGCGUGAAGUCAUGCAAACUGUGGCAGUCAGCAGAAAGAGACGGAGAUUAAGAGAUAGUGGACAGAGAAAAAGUCCACACACAGAAGCCGAUUUUAAUCCAGCCUGCAGUUGUUGUCGACCGCUAGUCCUGUGGGAGGAUGUCUACAAAGACUGAACUGCAUUUCCGGCUGGACAGCCAGCUGACAGAGGUGAUGCGCCUGCGGGUCCAGUCCCUGCAGCAGCGCAGCCAGAAGCGGCAGGAGGGCGAGCGCUUGCUGAGGCCCAACGAGGCUGUGUACAGGCUGGACUUCUCCAAGCAGUCGCUCCGCUUCUCCCACUGGACGGUGCGGCUGGCGCAGCCAGGGCGCCUCACCAUCACGGCCACCUCGCAGCUCUGGACGCCGGAUCUCACCAACCUGAUGACGCGCCAGCUGCUGGAGCCCGUCGGUGUGUUCUGGAGAACGGCUGCCGAGGACGCGCCCGCUCAGUGCUACGAGGCAGACGCGGCUGAGUUCGGGGAGAGGAUCGCAGAACUGGCCAAGGUGAGGAAAGUGAUGUACUUCCUGUUUGCUUUUGCAGAAGGAUGCAGCCCUGAGAGUGUCGACUGCUCCAUCACCUUCAUGGUGGACGCUUAAGACAUGCGACGAACUGAAAGAACUCAAACGUUUUACCUUUCUUGUGUCAUAAACUAGUGAUGACACAAUUUUAUGAAUUGUUAUUUUGUGAAUUCAAGAAAAUUUGGGACCAAAUCUGUUGUUUGCUUUUUAUCUCUGCAGCCAUUAAUGAUGGGAAUAAAUACAGUUAAAUCAAA